CAAGCUUUAAAAUCUUACAAAAUUUUUUGCAGCAAUAGAUUAGCGAGUGAGGAAGUUGAUUCUGCGUCCGGGAAAGAAAAUACUUUUAUACCGAGUGGCAAUAUGUCCUUUAUAACAACGGAGCCAUAUGUUAUGUUGCUAAAUUUCAUAUUUACUGUAAAUAUAGUCACGAUUCCACAGCUCGUACUGGAGAAAGUCUGCCUUGGAAAGUAUAACUCCACUAUCUGCAAACAAUUAACAAGCUCACGGUAUCAACACGAACAAGACACUGUUCAAGAAGCAUCUUCAAUGUGGGUCCUGAUUCUACUUUUAGCGACGCUGUUACCAAGCAUGUUCACUGUACUAAUUUGGGGUCCUAUUGCAGAUAAAAUUGGUCGCAACCGAGCCAUAUUGAUUCCACCAAUUUUCUUUGGCCUUCAGAGUAUUGUCUAUCUGCUGAAUUCUACAAAGUUCUUUUCAAGUCCCCCAGCAUAUCUCGUAAUAGGUGCAAUAACAACGUCAAUUUUUGGAGAUUUUCAAGGGGCUUAUGCAAUUGCUUACUCAUAUAUGGCUGAUAUUACAGAGAAAAGCUCAAAACGCACAAUGAGAAUGGCAAUCAUUGAAGGCAUUAUGUUUUUUAGCGGUGCUCCUGCUGGGCUUGCUAGUGGAUUUUUGCUUCAAAGUUAUGGUUUCGGGGCAGUUUUCAUUUCUACACUGUCAAUGAGUGCUCUUAUGUUUGUUAAUGUGGCCUUCUUCUUACCAAAUCCUAAAAAUGUUUCAAGAAGUGAUGAGAAUGAUGUCUCUACUCCUGAAAGUGUUGCAUCUUCAGAAAGAAGUGAGAAUGACAGUAAUGGGAGUGAGAGUAAUGAAGAAGAAGAAAUACCAAUAAUUUGCAAAGGGAGGCAAAGAAGGACAAAAGAAACACACAACAUAGCAUAUCACUUGAAUCCAUUGAACCAUAUAUACACAGUAUUUUCUGUGAUAAGGAAGAGGAAGUCAAAAGGUUUGCUGAUAGCUCUCCUUGCUGCUUUUUGGAUUGUAAUAAUUGCAUUAGCAGGGGAAAUAUUUAUCACUGUCUUAUUCAUUAAGCAUCGACCAUUCAAUUUAUCACCUGAAGAAGUAGGAUAUUAUCUAGCCUUCUCCUCUGUCACAAGGGGUAUUGGAGCUGUUCUUCUCUCUCAAGUUGCAGUGAGAUGCUUUAAAUUAGCUGACAAUAAAAUGAUAAUUAUUGGACUUCUGAGUCAGACAGCGAAUUACAUUUUACUUGCUCUCUCAACCUCAAAGACCAUGCUUUACAUAGUAACACUAAGUGGCAUUGGAAUUGGUGUGGCCACAAGUAGUUUGAGAUCCCUUAUAACCAAGCAAGUACCAAGUGAUUCACAUGGAUCAAUUUUAGCAGCAAUUGAAUUCCUUGAUGCAUUUGGUGCAUUGCUAGGAAAUGUCAUGUCAAAUAGCAUCUACAGGGGCACUGUUGCCAUAUUCUCAGGUAGUGCUUUUAUCAUCCUUGGGGUUUUCUCAGCAGUGGCACUUUGUAUUGCUUUUUGUGUUCAAUUAUCUUUAACAAGAAGAUCAAGGGAACCUAUUGACUGAUUUUAUUCUUGUAAGCUUUCAAAUUUAUAUCAAAGAUUUGCAGGAAUUUAGCAAGAAGAAAGUUUUGUCUUAUGAUCACUUUUUGUAGCAAAACUUGAUUUUAAAUGAUGAUUUUAAAUUUUAAACGAUAAAUGAUUAUAUGCAAAUGUAAACAAAAUUUGCAGGAAAGAUUAAUUGGUUUUGA